UCGACCUGAUUUUCUUUCUUUCACAAAUUGGAUUGUAUUCCUUUGUUUCCUUGCGAGACAGCGCUGCCUCAUCUCUUCACUUCACUUCACUGAGUCGCAAGCAGCAGAAAGGCUGACACAAACCCUAGCUCUCUCUGCCAUAAUGAACUGCUCAAUCUCCGGCGAGGUGCCGGAAGAUCCUGUGGUCUCCAAGAAGUCUGGUUUGCUCUUCGAGAAGCGUUUAAUCGAGAGACAUAUCUCGGAAUACGGAAAAUGCCCGAUAACUGGGGAACCACUUACCGCUGAUGAUAUUGUUCCAGUUCGAACGGGCAAGAUUGUAAGGCCCAGACCUGCACAAGCUGCUAGUAUCCCUGGCAUGCUCGGAAUGUUCCAGCUUGAAUGGGAUAGUUUGAUGCUAGCUAAUUUUGCAAUGGAGCAACAAUUGCAUACAGCAAGGCAAGAGUUGAGUCAUGCUUUGUAUCAGCAUGAUGCUGCAUGCCGUGUUAUUGCGAGACUCAAAAAAGAAAGGGAUGAAGCAAGAUCAUUACUUGCUCUGGCUGAGAGACAAAUUCCCAUGUCAGCACAAUCAACAAUUGCAGCAAAUGCCUCUGUCCAUAGCAAUGGGAAACCAGCUGCUGAUGACCAGCUGGGACCUGGCUUGAGGAAUGUACGCCCUGGAAUAUCUCCCAAUAUCCUAGAUGAUAUGACUGAAUGUAAUUCGGUUCUUUCACAGCAGAGGAAGAGGCGACAGAUAUCCCCAACGUUGGCUCCAGUUGAUGCUUUGGAGAGGUAUACUCAGAUAUCUAGCCAUCCCCUUCAUAAAACAAGCAAACCUGGAAUUUUAUCGAUUGAUAUUCAUUCUAACAAGAACAUAAUUGCAACUGGAGGGGUUGAUACAAAUGCAGUAAUCUUUGAUCAACCAUCAGGACAAAUCAUAUCCACUCUUAGUGGUCAUUCAAAGAAGGUUAACAGUGUCAAAAUUGUACCUCGGGAUGAUCUGUUAAUAACUGGGUCAGCAGACAAGACAGUUCGCAUAUGGCAAGGUUCUGAUGAUGGGAACUAUAACUGUAACCACGUUUUGAAGGACCAUACUGCAGAGGUGCAAGCUGUUACUGUGCAUGCCACGAAUAACUACUUUGUGACUGCUUCUCUUGAUGGUACAUGGUGCUUUUACGAUCUUUCCUCGGGGUUAUGUCUGACACAGGUUGAAGACCCUUCCGCAUCUGAGGGCUAUACAUCUUUGGCGUUUCAUCCUGAUGGUCUUAUCCUUGGAACAGGCACCACUGGGGGCCUUGUGAAAAUUUGGGAUGUUAAAAGUCAGACAAAUGUUGCGAAGUUUGAGGGACAUGUUGGUGCAGUAACUUCCAUCUCCUUCUCUGAGAAUGGUUACUUUCUUGCGACUGCAGCAAGUGAUGGCAUUAAGUUGUGGGAUCUACGCAAAUUGAAAAACUUCAGGACAUUCACUCCAUAUGGUCCUGACACACCAACAAACUGUGUUGAAUUCGACUACAGUGGAAGUUACCUUGCUGCUGCAGGCUCCGAUAUAAGAGUCAUCCAAGCUACUAGCGUCAAAUUAGAUUGGAACACUAUAAAGACUUUUCCUGAUAUGUCUGGCACAGGUAAAGCAACAAGUGUCAAAUUUGGUCCAGAUGCAAAAUAUAUUGCAGUAGGAUCGAUGGACCGUAACCUUCGCAUUUUUGGCCUGCCUGGCGAUGAUAGUGCAAUGGAGCCCUGAAGUCUUAUCAAAGUUACCCCGUCUGCAGUUGCUGUUACCUUCACUGCUGGUUAAUUUGGAUUCAUCUUGUUGGCCAUUGAACAGGGUUUUGAAGCAAUUGUGCCUUGUAGAACAUUUAUGUAGUUUUGUAUUUCCAUGUGCAGUGUUAACUGAGUGAUAGAUGUUAUUCCGGGGGAAAAAAAAAAAAAAGGAAAGAAAAAAAGGGGAUAGAAAUAGUUGAAUGCUUAAGAGAUUUCAAUUUUCAUGGCAUAUUUAUUGGCGGCUGAGGUUGUACUAUUAUUUUUUCAUGUUCUUAAUUUCCCCAAAUACCAUCAUGACAUUAUGGUUGA